UCGUGACGUCACUCUCCCAGAAUGCAUGGCUCCCAGCGCGGCGCCCAGCAGCAGCAAGUCCAGGCCCGGACUCUGAGAAACAUCUUGAAAAACUUAUCCCAAAAUGUCGAUAUGGAGGCGGAAUGGAGGCUGGACGGAGAGAUGGACGGAGGCACAGUCGGUCUGCAAAGAUGUUGAUCUGCCUCUGUGAUUCAGCUGCUGUGUCUGUGGCGUUCAGGGCUGCUGAAUACUAAAAUAGACUGCGGGCCAACACAAGAGCUCUUCUCAGGGAACACACAGACCCAGUCACUGCUUCCAAAGCUCCUCAUCACCGCAGCCCUUUUGGGGUUGCUAUGGCAGCUGCUGUCACAGAGACCAAGUGCUGGACACAGGCUUGCCCCAGUAAGGCAGGACAGACCACUAGUCAUUGCUGCAAGAGACCAUCAAACAGUCAACAAACAGCACUUAGCAUUAAUUCUAGCACUCGAAGAUAACAAAACGAGCAGAGGUCUGCAGGCUGAUGGUCGGCGCUCUGGAGAAUCCUCAUGAGUCUUGUCUGUGUCUGCUCCGGCUCUUGGCCAGAGUCCCCGCGCACCAGCAGAGCCAGUACUGUUCCUUCUGUUAGACCAUGUUCCACCAGCAGGACCAUCUGAAGAGCCAGCUGCAGGAGAGCAUACCAGCCAGCAGGCAACUCUUCCACUGCCAGGAGUGUGGGAAGCAGUACAACACCCAGCUGGGUUAUAGGCGCCACCUGGUGGCGGCCCACAGCGCUUCAGCAAACCUGCCUUGCCCAGAGGGGGCGCCCUCCCUCCUGGAGCACCUGGGCACCCAUAUUGACAGACCUCCACCGUCAGAGGGAAACACAAACGCUGCUGUGCCAGUGAGAGAGAGGAAGUACUCUUGUGAACGAUGCGACCGCCGCUUUUAUACCCGUAAGGAUGUUCGGCGUCAUGCUGUGGUGCACACAGGCCGACGUGACUUCCUGUGUCCGCGCUGUGCACAACGCUUUGGCCGCAGGGAUCACCUGACCCGCCACUUGAAGAAGAGUCAUGCUCAGGAGACGGGGUUGAUGCCACCCUGUGCACCCAGCACUCCUGUGGCUACACCCACCCCCGCUGCUCAGUGCCCGGUGAAGGAAGAGCCCAGCCCUGUGACCUCUGAUAUGGGCCCGGUUUCGAAGGAGCCCAUGGAGAAUUACUCCAGGGACAUGUACAACUCCUACCCCAUAGCCAAUCCUGUUCCCGGGUUGGGCCACCCUCAUGGCCUUAUGCAGGGCUCCUUGUCUUCAAGCAUGGGUGUAAGUCGCCACAUGUCCCCGCAAUCCUCCCAUCCCCACCACCACCACCUGCAGCCCCCGGUGGCUCCGCAGCAGCAGCCCUACGGCAACAUGGCCAGGUACCAGCACGGAUCUACCUCAUAUCCUCGCACCGACGUGGACAGCUUCCUGCUCGACCUGCAGAGUGCCCCCCCACCUCACCUGAGUGUGGCCAACUCCUCUACCUCUGCUUCUGCCUCCCCUCAGAGGGAGGUUCUGGGUGAUGGGGUGGGUGCUGGCGGCGACCCUCACCUGCUGUCCAGGAGCCCAGCUAUCUCCUCAACUGAGCUGUCCUGCACCACUAACAUGGACCUCGGGCCUCUCCUGGGAUUUCUGCCUUUCAGCCUGCCGCCCUACAGCCCUCACAUGGGGAUGGGAGGGUUAGUGAUGAGCUACCCACCAGCCACCACCACCACAUCCUCUCCAUCCUCCUCCUCUGGGCUGUCCUCUCAGGCGCCAGGGCCUUUCACCUUCUUCCAGCCUCCCCAGGCUCAUGUACCCCAGGGCUCCGGCGCCCACAACCACAGCCAGCUACCUCAGGCAUACAGCAGUUCUGCUAUGAGCACUUCCAGCUCCCUACCUCACUACUACCAGGCCUUUCAGCAGUAAGCAGCUCUGUCCCCGUUAAAGUUGCCUUCAAGUAAGCUCUUGAAUUUUGUUUUUUUUUCAAGAAAAAGGGUAAAUCAUGAGAACGGCAUUUUUAUUUGUAAAACGAGUGUGUAACUUUAGCCUGUCAGUGCUAAUGAUGCUAAUCUUAGUUUUUUUUUUUUUUUGUUGAACACAACAAAUCACCUCAUCAGUAUUACCUCAUUAUUUAAAAAAGGAAGCUUGAACCUUUGAGGAAAUGUAGAUAGUCUCACUCCAACCAAAAUAGUGUAGUGCCUCUUGUUAGACCUACAGUGAAAGCACUUAAAAGUUGUCAUAGGUGCUACACAAUGCGUAGUCAUCCACUUUUAGGAAACCCUGGGAAUUCCACAGUGUUAGGGAUUUUUAUUUUUAUCCAGUAACAUAUCAUGUUUAUAAAUUUUCACCUUUCCUUUCUUUUUUUGAGAAUAUUGGACCGUAAACAGCCUUACAGAGAGAAACAGGACGGUGUCAAGUGUUCUCCGUUACAGCAAGCGCAUGCUAAAAAUAUUGAAAAUUGCAAACUCAAUGGCACUGUCAACUCAUUUUAAAUAUGCAGUAAACCAGGAAGCACCAGCUGAUCAGUCUGAAUGCAGCAGUAGAUGGAGAUGUAAGACUUUUGUUAUCAACCAUUUUCUAAAGUCGUGUAAAUUGAACCCUUUUUUUUUUCUCAAGAAUUCAGACCCAGACCGUGUUAGAAUUUGGACGUUUUUGAGUCACUUACAGCGGUCGAUAAUGGUUUACAAUACCUGUAAAGCUUGGCUGCAUUACCUAAAUCUUAAAGAUACAGUAAUGGAUACUGUACACCCAGUCAUUCAAGUUCAUGUGAACUGCAAAAAGCAUUUAAGCAACGCCAGAAUCUGAAAUUCUGAUUCUCUUUUUAAAAGUAAAGUAGCAGCUCUUAAAGCCAGAAAUCCAUACUGGAAUCCCCGAUAAUAUUUAGUUGAUGCGACCUUUAUCCUCUAUUUGGCUGUAUUACGUAGCAUUACUAGAUUAAAGGCACUUAUGUUUCAUUUUUAACCUAGCAGGGAAUGCCAAAUCACAAGAAGUGGUCGCAGCCUAGAUGCUGCUCCACUGCUCUCCAUGGGUAAAAACAUUUGGGGGUCCGAACACUUGACAGACGGAAAAAAGCAACACGUGCAUGAAAUUAUCUUGUUUCCCGUCGUUCAGAUUUUGAGAUGUUGCAUCUAUUGAUGUAAAGAUGGGAGACUGAUCUUAAUAUCUUGUUUAGAUUUAAAUUGCGGCCAGUAACAGAUAAUCUGUUUCCCCCUCACGCGAUGCUCCUCGCGUCCUCUCUUGGUCUGGUGCCUUUCUGUCUGAAUGUGACAGCAGAGAGCAGCGCAGCAACUCCAGAUCCUCGAGAGCCCCUUUUUGUUAAAUGCUCAAAUCAAGAGCCCUAAAGACUAUAGAUUGCCUCCCCUCUGUGCCAACCAGGUCACUGAUCUCAGGGUUGCCACCUGUGCUCUAAAACAUGUGAACAUGUUCUCUUCUUCAAAUGCACCAUCCCACAGAAACCCCACUCAGUUCCUCAUGAAAAUUGGUCGUGAGUAUAGUUGUGAACUUUCUGAAUUUUUUUUUUACUUUGCAGAGACUUAAAGGGUGGGGGUAUGAUAAGGCGGGUUUAAAGUAGUAAAGCAGAUAUUAUUUUGGUUUUCAGUGUUUCAGCAAUGACUAAACACUUUGGCCCGAUCUCAAUUCCCCCUUUUGUCCGCACACUACAAUUUUGCGCUCGGAUGCACAGAAUAGAGGGUCCAGUUUUUGUUGAGUGGAAGUGGCCAUCUUGUCCUACAAAUGGACCUUUUGAACCUUGUUUUUUUUUUUUCAGAUGUGAACUUCAAAAAGUGUUAUGAGGAAAUUCUCAGCAGUCCAACAAUUUAGUAACACAACAUUGCAAACAUAAAUGCAAUUCAGACAGAGUGCAGGAGUUUCCCUGCUUUUUUUGUGUAAUUGGAACAAGAAAUUACUUGAUACCGGGUGCUCGGGAUUCCUAUUUUUGUUGUAGCGGGAUCUGUAGAGGUGUCAACAUUGUUGGAUUUUUUUAACUAGACUCGUACAAAGUUUACAAAUUUGCUUUCUUGGCAACCAUAUUGUUCAGUCCAUAACCAGGUGUUCAGCCAGGCUGAGGGACAAAUGUCCUUGGUACCAUGAUCCUCGAACAGGACUAGACUCGUGUGUAGAAUAACUGAAUUUGGGCUCGUAGCUAUGUUUUGACGGCCUUAGUGGUAUGUCUAAUUUCCCCUCAUCUCUCAGGAAAAAUAGUAUGUCGAACUUCUUUACACAAACUAUAGCUACCCAAACAGGUAUUUUGGACAGUUACUGCAUCUGUUAAUACUUGUACUGCAUGAUAGCAGAUGGGAAAAUCACCAAAAACCAUUUCUUAAAGGCUUUAUAUGCGAUUUUUUUGAUCCAGCAGAUGUUGCCCUUGAGCACCAGCAUGAAACCAAAACAAC